CAUCUCUUCUUGAUCGUAAAACAAACGACGAUAAACAAAAAGAAAUACACUGUGAUCCGUGCAAAUUUGCCAAAUUUGACGCAGAGUCAAAAAUUAGCUGAAGCUGUUCAGGAACAUGGAAGCAGAAAAGAAAAAUUUGUCAACGUGGAAAAAACAAGAAUGGUUAUUGAGAAUGACUUUGAGAGGCUUUGUUCGACAUUCAACUUUUCCGAAACUAGUAAACGUUAUGACUUGCAUAUCGAAGAUAAACUAAAAAAUGUUUUAAAUUGGUCAAAAAUAAGUUCGUUGAAUUUUCAACAAUCAGAUGAGGACCCUCUUACAGACAUCAAAACAACACUGUGCUGGUUAGGUUGCUUCAAUGAUUACACAGUAUUUCAAUACUCUUUCUCUUUGGGGUACGCACUUCAGGUCUCUCCCCCCUUUUUGCUUCCAAAGUCACAAUCAAAAUGGAGGAUUGAAUUCCAUGUUAUAAAUAAUAACCUAGGUAUUUAUGUGAACUGCAUAUCCAGUGAUAAUUCUGACUGGCCACUGGAUGUUUCUGUUGAGCUAAGCCUUGUAAAUCAAGUCGACAGGAAAAAAGACAUUGUAAGAACAUUUCAACAUCUCUUUACAAAAGGUGAAUUAGGUAGAGGAUUCAAGCCAAUUAUAGACUGGCAAUCACUAAGCUCCACAGAAAAGGGAUACAAUUCUAACGGCUGGAUGAAAAUCAAAGCCAGGUUAUGGUGAAAAACGUACACUGACGACAAGUAGUCCAUUUUGAUGAAAAUUAUUCGUUUUGUGACGUCGAUGUGGUAGACAUACUUUAUUUACGCUUGCAUAUGCCAAGUGCGAUGGUCAGCUAGAAUGAAACAUUUAAUUCAAAUAUCAUUUCGGAAACGUUUCUUAUAUUGUUACAUUAUUUUACUACCAAGAUCUUAGAGUGUACAGGUGCGUAAAUAAUUAGCCAAUUUUGAUUUAGUAAUCACCGUAACAAUCGACCAUGGCUCGAUAGAGGGCAAGUGAUUGCUGUAAAAAUAUCAAUACAACGUGAGUCCGCGUUUUAAAAUCAUACAUUUGAUGUAGCUUCAACUUUUGUUAUUAAACGCUGGUUUGAUAACUCUGUAUCUAUCUUCUUAUUUGCUUUA